AUGGACGUAUCGAUGGGAUUCAGCGAUGGAUUUGUGGAGGGAGGGAGGGAGGGAGUGAAAGAAUUUAGGACGGUGAGGAAGAGAAAGAAGGGGCACAGGAAGAAAAAGGGAAAGAACUUGUAUGGCGGGAUGUUCUACUACAAUGGUGUUGAUGCGUUCUUGUCUCAGGUACGAGGGGCAACUCUCAACCAACGGCACGCGCCGAAUAUGGCAGCAAUUGCCUUAAGGGCAGCUGGAUGCCGAUUGCAGUCAGCGCAAGCAGUCGCAGCCUCUGAAGCUCACAGAAUGAAGAUCUCCUGCGGCAUGUCACGUGCUGCCUCGAUGACAGUCAUGAAGCGAUCUAUGUCUACUGAGAGCUCUCCAAGCAAUGUUGUUGAUGUCACAGUGCAGAAUUUCCAAACGGUAUUUGCAGAGAAGGUCACGUUCGUGAUCGCUUGUUAUAUGCCAGGAGAUCAGAUCUCGACUGCCGUUGUCUCAAGGCUUGAGUCAGCUAUAAAGUCAUAUCCUUCCCUCAAGCUGGCUCGCGUCGACGUUGAAGCCAACCGGGAGCUCAUCGAUGCUUUCAGACUGGAAGUUGUUCCAACAGUUCUUGUUUUCAGCAACCAACGAGUUUCAGACAAGAUCUCGUCUGACACAAGGACCGAAUCAAAGAUGUAUAGCAAGGGCGAAUUUGUGGGUGCCUUAGAAGUGUAUAAGGAUGUUUUGCAGCAGGAGGAGGAAGGAAGUGAGAAUGGAGCUAUGUGCGUUGCAGGCGAGUGUGGGUUGGCGAUGUGCGCGUUGGCUCUGGAGGACCCGAGCGGUGCGGCCUCGCUGGUUGAACAACUCAACGACAAGUACUCGGCUUGGCUAGAGAACCGGAUGGUGAAGCAGGCAGUCACAGGAGUCAACAUGUCAAUCGAGGCGCGCAAGAUGGGAGGGUCAGUUGAAGAGUUCCAGGCGCUUGUAGCCAACAAUCCUGAUGACAUGGAAGCAAGAGAGAAGCUUGCAGGUCAGUCUACAUCGAUGACUAAGAUAGUUACUGACAUACCACUAGUCCUGCUGUUCAGUCAUCAGGACUAUGCUGAGGCAAUCGAGCAUGCUCUACAUAUUUUCAAGAAGGACAAAAACAAAUCGGAAGGUAAUGGCAGAAAGCUUCUUUUCAAGUUCUUCGACACGCUGGGUCAUGCUCAUCCUGACGUCAUUGAGGGGCGGAAGCGAAUGUCAGCUUUGCUCUUCAUCUGA